AUGUCUCCUCAAGACAAAGUAUCACUUCUUACUGGUGCCAUUGAAAAAGGCCAAUUGACUAGAGUCGGCGAGACUAUUUAUCCUUCUAUAAAUGACAAUGAAAUACUAAUUAAGUGUGUUGCGUAUGCAGCUAAUCCAACAAAUUGA